AUGAAGCAUCUUUCUAGAUCAAUUUGUUGCACUACAACAGUAAGUACUAAAGAAUGGCGCGUUUCGCGCGGACUUCCUAUUAAUAAAAAUGCUGAAGGGAUACUUACAGACGGACCUGACUAUACAUUUUUAGAUGGCAGACCAACUCCAUUACUGCAAAAACAAAAGUUAAGGAUGUUAAAACAGCGAGACUUUGCAUCAAAAAUUGUUGAACUUAAUUCAGAAUUGGAAUUUGCGAAGACGAGACAUCAGAAAAUGUUACAAGCUAAAGAAGAGGAGAGGGAAGAAAUCUUAAGGAACAGAUUAAAACCGAAAGGAAAGGCCUUGUUAAAUAAAAAGUAG